AUGCCCGUUCGGCGUGAACAACAGGUAUUUCUUCUCUUCACAAGAAAAGCUUUAUGCUUUAAAAUUGGAGUCUCCUUCUUGCAAACCCUAGCCGUCGGUUUUGUUUUAAGAAAAGGGGAGCCGCCAAAUAUGGCGGCUGAGCGAACCGGCGAGCUCGAAUUUGGAUUAGAGGAGGUCGUCGUACCCGAGCGAGCUGAAGAAGCGCCCACUGUUGGGAUUAGUCCGAUUAAUCGGGAAGCAGUUGGAGAGCUCGGCGGGCAUAUAGCUCGGCACAAUGGUUUUGGUGAGGGUGAAGUUGCGAGAACCGAGUUUGGUCCAAGUUGCGAGACGGUCGAACGGAGUAGAGGCGAGUUCGACGUGCGUUUUCUCGCUGGCGAGCUCGUCGAUGGUGACGGAGAUGAGCUUGUUGGCGUUGCGGGAGAGAACGGCAUAGUGGGGGAAGAGCUCGGCGUGUGUUCUAACGGAGGUGAGCUCUCUGGUGGCGACGGAGAGAUUAACGGAGAGAGAGAAGAGCUCGGUGGAGAGAGAGAAGGACUCGUCGGUUGUGAAGGAGAGAUCGGCGUAAGAAGAGUGGAUGUAGCGGUGCGGCCAAGCGGUGAAACAUCGCGCGAGAGACCAAAUGGUGACGUUCUCGAGCCGAGCGUGCACGAGACACGUAGAGAGCGAGAUAAAUGUGGUAACAACGGUCAAGGAGAGCUUAGCAAAAUGGGUGAUCCGCUUCAAAGAGACGUUCUUGGAGCUAGUAGGGUGGCGAGCGCACCAAGCCCUGCUCGAUUUGGUAAGGGGAAGAACCUUGAUGCCAUACUUAAUGCGGAGUUUGGUGGGUUUGACCCGAUGGAUGAUCGCGACUUUGGAGGUUUUAAUGAUUUCGGAGAGGAAGUCUCAUAUGUCUACGACUGCGAGAAUGUCGAUGAAGAUUACAUUAGCGAUCCCGAGGGAGAGCUUGGUGAGAAUGGUGGAUUGGGCCGUCUUAUGAUGGAGAACGGGUUUGAUAAUUUGGUUGUCAGUGGUCGUGACACGGGUGCUCGGGGUGCAGUUGGUACAAGGCCUGUUAGCAGGAUUGAGGAGCGACGCACCGGUGACUGUUCUGCUGUCAGAGGUAGGCAGAUUGUUUUAGGUCUUCGUGCUUCUUAUUUCGAGAGGGUCGUAGCUCCGUUAGAUCAUGGUUCUUCGCUAUGUGAUGAUCAAUCAUUAGCGGACAUGCUUAUCCUCUGUAAUGCGCCGAGAGAAAUAGAGCUCCUCAAACCGGAUUCGCUACAACGCCCUUGGACUCCACCAGAAGGAUACAUAUGUUUGUAUGAGGCGUACUUUACACGUUGUGGGCUUCUGUUUCCUCUUCCAAAUUUUCUGACGGAGUAUUGUGCUAGACGGAAUAUCGCGAUAUCUCAGCUUACUGUUGGUGCGAUUCGCAAUGCUAUCGGACUAGCAAUAUUGGGAGCUGAAUGCGGUAUCGAGAUUGACACUGAUUUUUUUGAGGAGGCGACUACUUUCUCUAGAGUAAAAGAGAGCCCGGGCUCGUACUAUGCUAGUGCUAAGGCCAAGCAUAAGAUUGUUUCUGGUGCUGUCAGUAAAAUUCACGGUUGGAAGCGUCGUUACUUUUUUGUGAAGUUGAGCGAGUUCUCGGUCGAGAAUCUUGAUACGGUCUUUGUUGAUGAUUGGACCAUGUCUCCUGAACCGGUUUUUCGAGUUCGCGAUUUCCCUCCCGGGUUUCUCGAUAAUAUUGCGAGAAUCAGAGAGUUGGGUGCUUUGCAUUGGCCGACCGGUUCGUUUCCAGAGACUCGCCAAACUCGUCCUAGAAUGGGAAAGAUUAUUCCGCAACUUCCUCGUUUUGUCGACGAGUUUGGGGAGAAUCCCGAUUUGAUGAACGGCGUAGAGCCCUCUCCAGUUGUUACAGAAGCGCGUUUGGACGUUGAGAAUAGAGGUGACGAGAGUCUUGGUCGGGGUUCUGCGACUGAGAGCGCGACGGGGGACGUCGUGGUAGAUCGCUCGGAGAAGCGCCCAGUGGCUGAGGACAAGGGGACAGAUGGGGACGUCGUUCAUCGCUCUGCUCUCCCGUCGCUCGGAGGAUCAACGCCCUCGAAGAAGAGGACUUCCCGUGAUGAUGCGGAAAAGGGAUCUUUCAAGGUUCCUAAAACCCCAAGACGUGAAACUACGGUUCGUGGAGCGGUAGACCAUGGCUUCUCUUAUCAGUACAAGGCUAAGGAUAUCGCGUUUACGCAAAACGCGACUUCUUGUGCUGAUCUUGUUUCCAGGAUUCGUGGUGCGAGUGACGAUUUUUCUUCGGUUGAUCGUUUCGUGGAGAGAGAGCUCUUUAAGGAUUGGGCUCAAAAGACUUGUCAGUCGAUUGGAGCGGGAAACCGGCUUUCCUCAUUCCUUGGGUGUAAAGCCAAGGUUUCCGCUACCCGUUUGGCGACUGAAUCGGCCGAAUGUGAGGCUUUGCAGAAACUUGCGAAGGAGCUGGCCGUUGAGAGAGAGCGGUCUGCGACUCUCGAGAAGCGGUCUAGCGAGCUUUUCGAGCAGGUUUCCUCGCUUCAGUCUUCCGUCGAUGAAACGCGAAUGCAGUUGGAAGCGUUGGACAAGAGGUUUGCAUCGGAGGGUGCUAGGUUGAGGAAGUCACGGAUCGAGCAUGUUGCCGCGGAGAGGAAGAAGAGUGAUAGCCAAGUUACAGGGACUCUUCAGUGUCUCGAGAAAUUGGUUAAGAAAAAGGUGGCUAUUCCCCCGGCGACAAUCCGUGAGCUUGAGGUGCGAGAGCGAACUUUGGACAAUGGAGUUCGUCAGCUGGAGGUCGCCGACUUGCUUCCGGGCGAUCUCGAUCCGUUUGAAGAGGUGGAAGCCGGAGCUGUUGGUGCGGCGCUGGUGUCCGGCAUAUCCUGA